GUGGAUGGGAUGAGCCAGUCUUUCUUGACUCAAGGCACCGAAAGAGUAGAAACUGGAAUAUUAGACUGGAAGAAUGCAGAAGAUGCGGAAAGAGAAGUCAUCGAAAAUUUUGCAGAUACCACAAAGAAACGUUUAGAAAGAGAAGAAGAGUCUCUUAUUGCUAAAUAUCAGAAGCAAAGGGAAGUUGUUGUACAGCGAUAUGAGGAAAUUCGAAUACAAUAUCAACUUUUACACAGCGAAAGUUCAGUGAAGAGUCAAGAAGAAGAGCAAUUUGGUAAACAGUUGAAUAGUCUGUCUAGACUUUUGAAGCGAAUUGAUGCGGAGAGAACUGAAGCUCUUGCAACUUUUGAAAGGAAGAAACGAAAGUUAUUGUCUUCUGCAAGUUGUUUAGUGGGAGAAAGUACUAGUGAAUUGGAUGAAACAGGCAUUGUUGACCUUGAAGCACCCAAGGACUCUGAACUUGCAACUGCAGUGAAACUAGGACAAGUUACUCCCUUUCAAGGUCAGAGUGAACUUGAAAAGACUGUAAUGAAUCAUACCUCCAAAGAAGACGUUUGCUUUGAUGGUGGUCUUCGUCUACCUGCCGAUAUUUACGAUCGACUUUUUCCAUAUCAACAAGUCGGAGUGCAGUGGCUAUGGGAAUUACACUGUCAAGGCGUUGGAGGCAUUGUUGGGGACGAAAUGGGUCUCGGAAAGACUAUCCAAGUCAUUGUACUAUUAGCGUCUCUUUCUUAUAGCCAUUUAUUGCCUGGACCUGUAUGUAUAGUGGCACCAGCUACUCUACUUUCACAAUGGAAGAGAGAGUUUGCUACUUGGUGGCCUUCUUUUCGAGUUAGAAUUAUGCACAAGUCAGCUGGAGACGGUGAUUUAUGGAUAGUGGAAGAUAUAAUCGAACAAGGAGAUAUACUAGUUACUAGUUAUGAACAAGUGAGACGUUUUCAUGAAUAUAUUCUUGUACAUAAGUGGGAUUAUGUUAUAUUGGAUGAAGGUCAUCGCAUAAGGAAUCCUGAUGCAGAAAUAACACUUGUUUGUAAGCGCUUUAAGACUGUACAUCGAAUAAUUAUGACAGGAGCACCACUUCAGAAUCGAUUGAAAGAACUCUGGAGCUUAUUCGAUUUUGUUUAUCCUGGAAAACUUGGAACACUACCAGUCUUUGAGGAACAGUUUAGUGUACCGAUUACUUUGGGUAGUUAUUUGAAUGCAACUCCACUUCAAGUGCAUACUGCUUAUAAGUGUGCAUCUGUCUUGCGCAAUUUAGUAUCGCCUUAUUUACUGCGGCGUCUAAAGAAAGACGUUGCACUUCAACUUCCUAAGAAACAAGAACAGAUACUAUUUUGCAAGUUAACAAAGGAACAAAGAGAAUUGUACAAGAAAUAUUUAAAUUCACGAGAGUUGCAAAAAGUUCUUCAAGGUUCAGUUAAUAUGCUUACGGCAGUCUCUGUGUUGAGAAAGAUUUGCAAUCAUCCGGACUUGUAUGAUGAAAAUGCACUUGAGGAUGAUCGUCGCUAUGGUGAGUGGACUAGAGCAGGAAAACUUGUAGUACUUGAUCAAGUCCUUCUUUCCUGGUCAAAGGACGAUAGUCGUGUCUUAAUCUUUUCUCAAAGCCGAGCCAUGUUGGAUAUUUUGGAGAUGUUUGCUAGACAAAGAAGGUACACAUAUUUACGAAUGGAUGGAGAAACAGCUAUGCAAGAAAGAAUGAAGUUGAUUGAUUCGUUUAAUCAGGAUGAUGAAGUUUUUUUAUUUUUAUUAACUACCAAGGUUGGAGGACUAGGAAUCAAUUUGACAGGUGCCAAUCGAGUAGUUUUAUAUGAUCCUGAUUGGAAUCCUAGUACUGAUCUGCAAGCGAGAGAACGAGCAUGGCGUAUUGGACAGAAGAGAGAUGUGAUUAUUUAUCGUUUGGUAACUAGCGGAACCAUUGAAGAGAAAAUUUAUCACCGACAGAUUUUCAAACAGUUGUUAACCAACAAAGUUUUAAAAGAUGCUCAACAAACGCGUUUUUUUCGUCCAAAAGAUUUAUUUGAUCUUUUUACUUUGGGAGAUGAAUAUGAGGAUGGAACCGAAACGGGUGAUUUAUUCUCAGGUACGAGUGCAGUUGAGUGGACAGGGAGUAGAUUUCAACGUUCUGAGAAUGAAGAAGAUUGUGCAGAAAGUGAUAAAGACAAUUGUAUAGAGUCUACCAAUGAAACUCGUUUAUUGAAGGAAUUAUUGGAUGGAAAGUCGUUGCAUAGUGCUAUGGAUCACGAUGCUGUGUUAGAUGUGUUAGGAAAUGGUACGGAUCGCCAAUUAUUGGAAGAAGAGGCAAUGAAAGUUGCAACAGAUGCUUUAGAAAAUCUUCGCAAGUCGAGAGUUGCUCGACAACAGUCAUCCAUAUUUAUGCCAACUUGGACAGGCAAUGCUGGAGAAGCAGGAGCUUUGAGUGUUCCACGAUUUGGAAGAGUGAAAGCAACAAGUGUAACUCCAAGUAGAAAAGAAAGCCUUGAUAAUGAAAAAUAUACAAAUAGUUCUUCGGAAAUUCUCCGCGAUAUACGGAAACAAUCUUUGGGUGUUGUAGGUGGAGAACUCAAGUCACAAGGCAAUCGACAUGUGAUGCUUAUGGAAGAAUUAUGUCAAUUCCUCAGACAACGUCAAGGAAAAGCAACUACGACAGAAAUUGUUUCUACAUUUCGUGAACAAAUAUCUUCCGAUGCAUUGUUAAUAUUCAAACAGUUGUUAAAACAAGUAGCAACGAAAACUUGUGAAGAAAGCGGUGCAUUAGUAUGGAGUUUGAAAGAAGAGUUUUACUGAGACAGUGUUUACUAUUUUUUGAAAUUGACAAAGUAUUCGGUUGGUAAUUGGAACCUCUUUUUUUGAAAGGAACAGGAAGAUUAUAUAAAGAAAAGUAUAAGUUUUUGAAAGGC